CCCACCAUUCACACAACCAACAAUGGUGAACUUAGUAGCAAUACAACAGCCAUUGAUCAUCCGGUUGAUGAAAAUGGCGGGAGUUCAAACCCACACAGUCGAAAUCGAACCCGGAACCCUCAUGAACUUCUGGCUCCCAAACGAAACCAUCCAGAAACCAAACAAAAAAUCAAAAACAACCACAACCACCAGUCCGAAACCGGACAAGCCCGUCGUGGUGCUAAUCCACGGCUUCGCGGCCGAGGGGAUCGCCACUUGGCAGUUCCAAAUAGGAGCACUCACAAAGAAGUAUUCUGUUUAUGUCCCUGAUCUUCUCUUCUUUGGAGGAUCAAUAUCUGCUAACCAGGACCGAUCACCGAGGUUUCAAGCCGAGUGUUUGGUGAAAGGGCUGAGGAAACUGGGGGUGAACCGGUGUGUGGUGGUGGGGUUUAGUUAUGGUGGGAUGGUGGCUUUUAAGAUGGCGGAAUUGUACCCGGAUAUGGUCCGGGCUAUGGUGAUUUCUGGGUCGAUUCUUGCUAUGACGGAUUCGAUUAGCGAACAGACGCUGAAAGGGUUGGGGUUUUCGUCGUCUUCGGAGCUUUUGUUGCCGGAUUCGGUUAAGGGUUUGAAGGCUUUGUUAUCGGUUGCUACGCAUAAGAAGCUUUGGUUCCCUGAUCGUUUACAUAAGGAUUAUUUGGAGGUUAUGUUUAAUAAUAGGAAGGAGAGAGGUGAGUUGUUGGAGGGUUUGAUUGUUAGCAACAAAGAUACCAUUAUUCCAGAUUUUCCUCAGAGAAUUCAUCUUCUUUGGGGUGAGAAUGAUCAAAUCUUCAAGAUGGAGCUCGCACAGAACAUGAAAUGGCAAUUAGGAGAGAAUACAAGUGUUGAAGGGAUAAGCAAGGCAGGGCAUCUUGUUCAUAUAGAACGACCAUGUGUCUACACUAGAUGCUUGAAGAAGUUCCUUGCCUCCUUACCAGCCGAUGAACCACAAAAAUAACCUUAGUAUCAUCAUCAUCAUGUGUCAAAUCUAUGUUGAUUAAUUGUUUAUUCAAGUGAGUGUUCUUGUAUCAUUGUGUGCUUCAAACUAUUGUGGAAAUAAAGUGAAUGGUUCAUUGGUUUGUA